AGAGAGGGAGGAGGAUGCCGAGGUGCCUGGAUGCUGGGAGGUACCGAAAAGAGGUAGGCCUCCCGACGCCGCUAACGUCUUCGAUCGCGAGACGAUCAUUCGCCACCUCUUCAUCCCUUCACCUCUUUCUCUCUCUGUCUCUCUCUCUCUCUUUCCGUCUUCCUCUUUCUCCUAUUUUCUCUUUCUCUCGCGCUUCUGCUCUUUCCAUCUCACCCCCGCCGGAUGGUGAGGACGCGAGAACGCGGGUCGUAAUCUCCCCGUGUGGUCCACGCGCGCGCGGAGAGAGCGAGACAGGAAGAAGGAGAAAGAGAGAGUGCGCGGCGCUCCGCUCCGCCGCCACGAGCUACACAGAUUCGGGGACGAAACGAUACCCCGCGGAGGACGCGGCCGAGGGUCUCGUCGACAGGUCCUCAUGUCCUCAUGCGCGAGGCAUUUUAAGGUCGGGAUUAACGUUAAGCGACACUCGUCUACUCGGCUACGACUCGGCAAUCUCGGCGCCGUAAUCACGCGGGGAGGAAGACACGUCUUUCGCCCGUGACGGGUGUGUGCAAGAGGGCCGCGAGAGCCAUACGGAGAGACGAGGAGAGACAACCGAUCGAUAAGCACCGAAAAGCGGAGCGGAAAGAGCGGCGGCACGAGUCCUCCGGCUGGAGCGCGGUCCUAGAGAACACGGCGAUGCUGCGUGCGUGAUCUCGCCGGUCGUCGUCAGAGCGACGUCGUACGCCGAUCGCGUAACGCUUUCACGCAAUGUACGCGCGCACGCGUGCGUGUCUACGCACAGGCGGGACGGUGCGGCCGCGGCGCGAUCUUCGUGCUUCGUAAAACACCUCCGGAUCCAAACUCGAACGUUUCCCCGCAGCGAAAGGGACGCCGCGGAUGUUGCCCGUCCGAUGUUAUCGCGAAAAUCAGCAUCGGGAUCACUGGGUUCCAUGUGCGAUCGAACGCCAAGUGUGAUUCACGAGAUAUCCAGCGGAAUCUCCUCGGAUAUCUCUCGGACCGAUCGACGUUGCACGAACGUACGGAAUUGUGCCCGAAAUUCUCAGACGCAAUAAACCCGUUCGAUAUCAUCGCGAGUGCACCGCGGAUAGACCUCGUUCGUUUGUGUUUGCAUCUGUUUCGGAUAUUUAACAAGAAGAAUUAGUGAACGCGAGUUGUCGCAGGCACGACUCUUGCUGUGAUGCGUCUCGCGAGGAGAGAUUGCCCCGUUAUUGCAGAUUUUUGAAUGGCGAUGUAAAGCAAAAGCGAGGACGGCUGUUCCAUCGAAAGGUGCCAAACGAGGGUGCGACAUAAUCCGCGGAAAUAACCAUAAGCCAAGCGAUCGCUCAAAUCCUCCGGAAGAGAGGCAGAUAGAAAGAGAGAGGGAGAUGUGAUUGAAGGAAAGACAGAGAGCAAAACGCUUUCCUCGAUUGCUGUUAACGAGACAUGAGAACGUACAGAUCGUUGUUACUACAUCCUGCGCGCAGUACAUUUUAGAUCGCGCUGUGUCUUGGUGCUUUUACGUACAGACAGACCGUGUUGAAAGUUGAAUUAAUCAAGCACGUGAGACAGAAGGGCGGAACGAAGAGAAAGAGAGAAAAUCUUGAAUUAGGAAGGUGCUAUAAAUAACUUGUCGACACGCUAAUCCAUCACCGCGCAUGAGUUUUUUUACUAACAGGAUUUCGGUCUUGAAAAUAAUGGAAGACGACCAUAGCCAAGAAAGUCCCAAAUAAAGCUGUUAAAUAAUAAGAGAGUAAUACCGAAGCUCAUCAUCGCACUUAUCGUUGUAAAUUUUUCACCGUUAGCACCUUUGAAAUGUGCGUUCUCGGCGUUCUUACUCGGCGGGACUCUCUCUAAAUUCUAAUUUUCGUCGAGAAGCAGCAACGUUUUGCAGAAUCAUGUCUGCUAUCUCGGGAAAGCAGAACGCGCGAUGCUGUGCAUGACCUUGUCGGGAACUGUUGAACGGCCACUGGACGAAAUCGCGGAGUAAUGAUCAACGACACGCGGCCGAGGCUGGCGAGCACCAUCGCGGGUUACAGUCAGACGAGCCGCACGUGUGAUCGUCGGCACGUGUCUGUACAUGACGGCGGCAGUGGUGGAUUGUUGCUUCGGAUCGUCCUGAUUUGUUGCUGCGUCACAAUGACCUAUGGCUCCAAAUUCAGCACGUGGCACGGAAAGAGCUUUAAGGAGCUCCUGGCAGUCCUGCCGAAAAAUUCACCUCAACAUUCGCAACUUGGUUACUGUGAUCUGGACAAAGAGUGCGACUGGUUCUGGGAUGAGACUCGGGGUUUCAAGAAAGUCAAGGCGUCACGCACCAGCUCGUCAAAAUUCUUUCCGACUACGGAUGCCGAUAACUCAUCCAAUGGCCACUUCCUGUGGUUCAGCGGGCAAGGGGACGCCGAAAUAUGGUCCAAAGCGAUUUCUCACACGGGUCCGCGUUGCCGCAUUGAGUUCUGGCUUUAUAUGGUGGAGAUGGAAAACGGAUUUAUAAAUCUUGUGACACAAACCAACAACUUGACUUCCAUCGCGGUGACGAAAGCCGGAAAUAAUACCGCCACAUGGCAAAAAAUAAGUUUUUUAUUACGCCCAAUCGAUCAGUCCUACAAAAUACAUUUGGAGGUCUUCGGACCCUUUUCUAAUUCGAGUAUCGGCGUCGACAACCUUCGCCUAAUUAAUUGCUUUCCAGAAUUUAUCGGGAAUUGUAGUGCCAGGGAUAUGUUUCGGUGUAACAACGGCUCCUGCUUAAACAGGACCCGUAUUUGCGACUUUACAAAGGACUGUGCCGACGGCGAAGACGAGGAGCUCGAUUGCGACCAAAUACCGAAGAACGCAAGGUGCAAUUUUGAGAACGGUUGGUGCGGAUGGACAAACGUUCCUGGGAGACCCCUAAAUUGGACCCUUCACAAGGGACCCACGCCAACCGAAAGAACCGGACCUAGUUACGAUCACACUUAUCGUAAUGAAACUGGGACAUAUGCGUUCGUAAACAUGGCUUCUAAACACACUGCUGUCGCAUAUGGUAGUAGAGGCACCCUCACAAGUCCAGUGUAUAAUCCUACACCACCUUACAGCAGUAACCCUAAAAAUCCUUUUUAUCAAUCGUGUCAAAUACGCUUUUUCUAUCACAAACAUGGUCCGCAUACUGCAUCUCUUGGGCUCUUCUUGGUCCAAAUAAAACCAUAUGGAAAUCAUACCGAAAAUUUGUGGUGGUCUUACGGAGCUAAUAGCGACGCUUGGUAUAGCGAAGCGGUUGUUCUACCUGAUAUAAGAUACAGGUACCACUUGCAAUUCGAAGCAUCUAGAGGGUAUUCCGCGAAAAGUGAUAUUGCGAUUGAUGAUAUUACCUUGAGUCGAGAAUGUUUCGGCAUCGGAGUUCCACGAGAAAUUGUAGGCAAUUUUGAUUAUUAUCAUCCCAUUGUUGGUACCGUGCCGUCACAGCAUCCGGAUUUUAUAAAUGAGACAGUUAUCCGAAUUUCUACUUGCGGGGUUACCGGCAGGUAUGGUCCUACUGUCGAAAAUUGCACUGAGAAAUAUAACGACACAAACAUAGAAAUGUAUGUGCCACCUUCAACGCAAGAUCAGGAGGAAAAAUCGGCCUUUAAUUUGGAAGGAGUCCAACGAUGGACGGCACCACGCGGUGAAUACUACACUUUAAUCGCUGUCGGAGCACGAGGAGGAAAGGGCUCGGGCAACGUCGGCAAUACCCUGGGUGCAUUUGUUCGCGGUGUCAUAGAGCUUCAGAAGGGCGACCAACUAUAUUUUAUAAUGGGUCAAGAGGGAACGGACGCCUGUCCCAAAAAUCUCGGCUUAAAGACAACCGUUUGUCAAGAUGAAUCAGCUGACUUGCAGUCACCGCAGCAGACAGCGUCGAAAGUACGAGAAGUAAAAAAGAUCCAAUUUAAGAAUCCUGGUGGCGGCGGUGGUGGUGCAACUGCCAUCUUCACAUUAAAAGCGAAUGGCGAUUUGGAACCUAUCUUAAUCGCGGGUGGUGGCGGUGGUUUGGGAUUGAAUCCUUCUAUGGACAAUGGAUUACAACAUGGACGCGGUCCCUUUCCCACGGGUAGACCUACACCCUCUCCGUCCAAUGUAUCAGAACGCAUGGGUGGACCCGGUGCUAGUUGGAACGGUACGUGGCCUAAUUUUCAACGAAAAACCUGGGGAAUGCCGUUAAUUUAUGGAGGUAUAGGAGGACUCGGUUGCGAAACCGGAGACCACGGCAACGGAGGCUUUGGUGGAGGUGGGGGCGGUUGCCAAUCGGGAGGUGGUGGCGGCGGUUACGUUGGUGGUAAUGCCGGACGUAAUGAUGGAAGUGGUGAGGGUGGUUACUCAUACGCCAGUCAGAAGCUCACUGACGUUUACUACAAAGUUGCAGCUCAUUCUGGUCCGGGCGAGGUCUUCGUCAUACCCGCAAUUAGCGGUUGCGGUUGCGAUUACCGUUGCGUCGCGCUUGAUAAAUAUUUGAACGAGACCAAAUGUCUCUGUCCUCAGGGUUGGUUGCUCAGCAACAACUCCAAAUCUUGCAUCAUGACUGACGAUUCCAAAGAUGGACCUCAACAUUACAUCAAUUUUAUAAUUGUAGGCUGCGUGAUCACCUUUAUUAUUAUAUUUUGGCUGAUGUUUUAUAAACGAUACCAAAAACAAAAAGCGCUUUCGCGUCGCCGCGAAGUAAUGUUCGGUAAUGGCACCGAAUUAGCUGCAUUGCGUCGAGGACACGUGUCGGACACGAUGAUGACCGAAUUCAACCCCAACUACGAAUUUGCCGGCAAUCUCUACAGCUUCAAGGACUUGCCGCAAAUACCCCGGGAAUGUAUUGCUUUAGUAAAACCUCUCGGCCAAGGCGCCUUUGGCGAAGUUUACCAGGGUGUAUACAAAUACAGACGCGAGGAACAUCCCGUUGCCGUCAAAACGCUACCGUCUUUAUCUACGACGCAGGCGGAAGCUGAUUUCAUGAUGGAAGCAUUGAUAAUGAGCAAAUUUAAUCACCCUAACAUAGUACAUUUUAUCGGCGUCUCCUUCGACAAACAUCCGAGGUACAUCGUUCUCGAAUUAUUAGCCGGAGGAGAUCUCAAGAAUUUCCUACGUGAAGAACGGCCUCGAUCAGACCGACCUACAUCAUUAAUGAUGCUAGACCUUAUUAUGUGCGGCUACGACGUCGCGAACGGUUGUAAAUAUAUGGAAGAAGCGCGUUUUAUACACCGAGAUAUCGCCGCUAGAAACUGCUUGUUGACUACUAAAGCACCGGGCCGUACCGUCAAGAUCGCGGAUUUCGGUAUGGCCAGGGACAUUUAUCGAAGCGAUUAUUACAGGAAAGGUGGCAAGGCGAUGCUGCCCAUAAAAUGGAUGCCACCCGAGAGCUUCUUGGACGGCAUCUUCACCACGAAGACCGAUGUCUGGGCCUUUGGCGUGCUUUUAUGGGAGAUUAUGUCAUUCGGUUAUAUGCCCUAUACCGGAUGUGCAAAUCGCGAAGUCAUGUCAAUGGUAACGUCCGGUGGCCGUCUUGAGAAACCCGCGGGAUGCCCAGAUCCUAUAUACGGAAUCAUGACGCGGUGUUGGCAUCCACGGCCUGACGAUAGGCCAAGUUUCUCCACCAUUGCCGAAAGGAUCGGCUAUUGUUUGCAGGAUCCUGAUGUGAUAAAUCAACCGACGCCUAAUUUCGAUAUAUUGCCAAUCUGCGAUCGUGAGAUAACGGUCAUGAGACCAGACCCAGAAGCGGAAUGCAUCAACGUGCAGUCUGAUUUGGAUGGCUGCGGUUACAUGCAACCGAGGGUCAUCGAUCCGCGAUCCGUUGCACGUCGCGUGGACCUAGCUAUGGGUGGCGGAACCGCCUACGAUUCGGAGAAUGAAAAAUCGAUCGAGGACUGCAAGUUAUACGGCGGAUCUUACGCCAAAUCGACGGGAUGUCGGCGAGAAAUAUACAAUUGCAACACGUAUGAUUCCAGCAUAGAUACCUUCGAGCAAAUGUAUAACGGCGACAGCGAUCACAAUGAAGAUCAAGACGAAGAGGAGACCGAAAGUAGCGAGGACAAACGUAAAGUUGACCGAUCGGAUCGACAAGAGUCUAAGGCAAUACAUCGAACCAGCGACAUCGAAGAUCGUGAUAAUGUAGACAACGGCAACAACCGUCCAGAGGAUGAACGUCAUAUGACUGCCAACAUCGAUAGCACGAUAACAGAUCGCAAAAAUGGUAAUGAGAGCACAACGACUACCGACACCAAUUCUGACUCUCUGAUAGCACAAUCCUCGGAUACUCCGCCCGACACGAUGACGAACUCGUCGCCCAACACGCGCACUUGUUCGCCAAGUCCUUGUUCGCCAAGUCGUACCAUCGGCCUCAACGCCAACGUCAGCAACGUGAACGGUAUGGUGAAGAAUACCCUGAAGGCGACCCUGAGCCUGGACCCAAGCGCGCUCUGCAGGGGCAUCCCUUACGAGAAGAUCACAACGCGAACGCAACGCUCGAGCACGCCAGGCAAUACGGAACUAAGGAAGGGCUCCUUGGGUCACGAGCUGCCGAGGGAGGAAGAGUGCUCCUGCUGAGAUUUAUCCGAGGGGGGUUGACGAGGCUGCCCGGCCGCGCUCGGCUGCAAAGUCGCUCGCCGAUUGCAGCUGCAACGAUCGGCCACAACGAGUGCGAUUAUAAGGGACGCACAGCUCGUAGAACUCUCCUCGCCGUGGGCUCAGGACGAAUACUCGCGUCGUUACUAUUCUGAGGAGACCCUCCUGUGAAUGGGAAUCGCAAGAAGCCGCGAAUUUCUUUUCACGGACGACGCUUCUUCGAGGCGCGCUAAAUAUUGGUUUCCACAAGAAGAGACACGCGACUAUUGCAAAUCGGAAGAAAAAGUUUGUUACAAACGUAGGCAAAACAAAAAAAGAGUUAUGUAUGUACAUACGGAGGGGACGAAAGAUACUAAAUACGUAACACAUGUAUUCAAUACGUUAAGCAUCGCACAACACAUACAUACACAUGUAUACACAUCUCUUAAGCAAAGUGAUCUCGAGUGAACCACCUAAUUCCGUGAUAGCGAUCAGGCAGGAAUUUGUAAAAUUAUUGAAUCAUACGUUAACACGAAUCUUCGAGCGCAAAUUAAUCAGAGUGAUAUAUAAUAGCAGCUCGCGAGCAGGUCAACGUUAAAAACGUGAAUGUAUAAUUGAAAAUUGCAGAUUGGGAAACGUUUUUGCAGUGUAUAUAUAUUUGACAUUUAAAAGUCUAAGAAACGUGAGUAGUCUCGUCUUCGACGUAAAGUAAACCCCUGGUCGGAGACAAUACGAUCAUAAGAUGCUAUCUGUCCUAACGGUUAAGGAUCCCAACGGGAUCUACACGGAUGUAAAGGGUACAAUAGAACCUUCUUAAUUUUGGCCCUCCGUAAUCGGCCUUUCCAUUCCUUCACACGUACUUUUACAAACACCAAUAUCGUACCCCUUCCUUUUAUACAAUACCCUCACCACAGCACGUGUACCUUGCUCGCGCAAGUACACGGUGAUUGGUAGACUCUUGCCGUGGUGAGGGUAUUCUAUAACUUUGGCAUUCCGCUCUUAUCGCCCCGUAGGGUCAAAGUUAAAGAGACUCUAUUGCAUUAUGGCUAUUGAGUAAAAUGUUACACUGUAAUAUUGAUGUAAAAAUCUCCGUAGGCUGAUCGUCUACCUCGUGACUCAUCUAUCAAACAAAAAAAAAAUAAAAUAAAAUAAAAGAGGCAACGACGUGAACUUAAACCUCGUUGAUGCAUCAUUGCUAAUAAAGUGAACAGCGAUGAAUGAGUCUGAGAAAUGAGGUGGGAGGAGAGAAGGGAAUAAAAAGAGCACGAGCCCUUUUUUAUUUUUCUUACAACGACGACGUACUUUACGUGCGCGUAGCGUAUGAAAGUCAGCCACUAUAUAUCUGUACGUGAAACGUAAUAAAGGCGUGUGUUUAUGGAA